CCGUUUUCUCGGAAGCUAGCAACAUGACCUUUUCCACACGGUUAACGAUACUCUUAUAGUUUAUCAAGCACAUCUUAUGCCUGAACCCGCUCACUUCGAUUCUGUUCCAUGACUUAGAACAUGAUGAGGCAAUUGCCCACGCCACCCGCCAGUCCAGCGGUAGGGGCGGGUUCAACCAGCCUGCCUUCAACAACAGAUAAGUCCAGCGCGGAGCUUUCACGAGAGCUAGAUAGUGUUUUGGAACACUAUCUUGUUUUGUUGGAUCAGCAACAGCGGCUGCAGGAGGAGAUUGGUCGAGAAUUUUCCUCUGGCUUUUUCUCGCUUGCGCGCGCGAAUAACUCCUGCCCACCAGGACGUCGGUAUGGCGAAGACUACUAUGAUGAGAGGAUGAAGCCAAUAAAGAAACUGUCAAUUACACCCGCUUCAAAGAUGCCUGCUCAAGACAAACAUACCACGUUAAUCUUGAACCAAAAGAGAAAUAUUCCGUUCUUCACCCUCGAAAACGUUUCGCUCUCAUCUUUUAACUCAAGAGAAACGAAGGAGGACACUGAAAACAAGAGCGACGAGACCGGUCCCAACUCAUCUUCACCGUCCCGAAAUUCUGAUCCAAAUGAGCCGGAUCGUUGCACGGGAUCCGAAAAGUCGAGUACUAAUCGGCAAUCCUCCAACCCACUUAACUGGUUUGGGAUACUUGUUCCCCCAGCUUUACGAACCGCCCAACAAUCGUUUUGUACAGCUGUUGAAGGCCCAAUCACUACAUUGGCUGGUGUGAUUACUGAGAUGCGCGAGGUUGAGAGAGAAGUGGAGGCUUUGAGAGGGAUGCUGGUCGCCGCAACAAUUGGCAACGAUGGAAGCGAAAGUGGCAAACAAUAGCGAUAAAGACAAGGCACUUUUUUGCUCUAACUUUUGCUAAAAAUUUACCUCUGUAUCUACAUAAUACUCCGGAGACAUCUUUAUAUCUCACCUAGAUGGGGUUCAAUGAAUGCAAUGUUGAUAUGGAGGUAUAAUUGAUGCUCUGGUCGGCUUAAGAACUCUGGGAUUGUACCGUAUUAAGGUUGAAAAACUGAUGCCUAAACUUAUAGUGAGCGAAAUACAGGACUUUUUGUGUGCUCAGAUAGCUACCGGCUAAACCUUUACGAAUUACGAACAUUUUCAAAAUGGACACUUUCUUCGGGUAACAAAGAUUCUGUCGAUAAUUUAAUAAAUUUAGGUUUGCUCAAAACGAAUUAGAUUAAUAUCAUAAGCAUCAUACAGAUCUAGACUAGGACUAUUUAGGGGGGGGAGUAAGCUCCCCUUUUGGCGGACAACUUCAUUCCGAAAGAAUUGUAAUGGUACAGAUAUAGAAUGAAGGACAAUAUGAAUUGUUCGAAAAUCGUCUAAUCUAUUCUAGAAUUGUUGCCCUUUUCUGAAGUACAAUAGGCAAGGCAACAACUCGGACGUUUCAGUAAAGAACGGCGGAACACUAUUCUUGGGAACACUAUUCUUGCUUCACUCACCAUUUCUCAGGCAUACUGACUAACAGAUCCACUUCAGUCAUGUCAGCUCCGUAUCCAUUGUAAAUCUAUCUCAAUGUUUAGAGAUCUGAGAUACUCCAACGCAUGUCCGUGAGACCAGCGGCUUCAUCAGUGGCUUAUUGCGUGCCAGCUCUUCAUAG